AUGAAGUAUCUCACGACUGACGAGAGACAGCAGCUAGCGGGAGACUACUUUGCUCCCUCCGGACUGUAUGAAUAUACCAAGAGUCUCCCCUUCCUCGGGCGCGUGAAGAGCAACAUCUCCACGCUGAUCGCUGGCGAAUGGACGGAGCUGCUUCUCGACUAUGAGGUAGGCGCAUCUGGUCUGGCCGACGGGGCCUGGAUCAAGGCCACCUUCAAAUUCUACUCGGACUGGGCUCUCUUUCAGACCUCCGACCCGACCAAGGACAACUACGUGAGCGCGCAGUAUGUGCCGAACGAGCUGGUGAGCGGGCAGACGCCUGCCACUGUCGGGUCAUUGGGGAUUCGAUUCGAUCAAAAGGGCCACGAGAGACCCUUCCAGAAGGCCGUCAUUGUGGAUAUCCAGGAUGGUUAUUUGAAUCCCGGAGAUCGCAUUCUGAUCCGACUGGGUGAUCGUCGCUUUGGUGGGACGGGUACGCGCGUACAGACCUUUAUCGAAAAGGACUUCAGAUGGAGGCUUUAUAUUGAUCCUGUGGGAACCUCCCGGUUCGCUCCUAUUCAGCCAGAUAUUUCCUGGACCAUCAUUGCUGGUCCCCCUCAUCACAUUCAGUCCGUCUCGCCUAGACUGGUCCAGCCCAAUGUUUUUUUCGCCAUUCAUGCGCACGCCGAGGAUAAAUGGGGUAAUGUGACUCACGACCUCAAAGACCUGGUCUUCAAGUUGCGAAUAUCCACCGAGGGCUCGGAAAUCCUCGCCCAAAGGGAGAUCCCUCUGUCAGAAACAGGAUGGACAAACGUUAUCUUCUCUGACAUCCAGUUAGCCGUGGAAGGCGAUUACACGAUCAAUAUUUGUCUGGAAGCACCAGACGGGCCAAUUCUGAAAUCAAGCAUCUCUCACGUCAGCGUGUCCUCCGACUUGGCCAUUCCCAAGAUCCUGUUCGGCGAUUUGCACGUCCACUCCGAUGACACGGUGGGAACCGAAAACUCUGUCUAUAACUUCUCCUAUGGUCGUGAAAUCGCCGGCCUGGACGUCCUCGGAUACACAGCGAACGACUUCCAAAUCACCAGAGAACGCUGGGACGCCACGACACAACUGAUCCGGACCCUGAACGAGCCCGGGAAAUUUGUGAUCUACCCUGGUACCGAGUGGUGCGGUAACUCGGCCGCCGGGGGUGAUCAUAACGUGGUCUUCCUUGACGAUUCCGAGGAAUCUCCUGCUGCGUUUCCAUACGAUCGUCAGGGGAAUCUCGCGCGGUCGUUUGAAUGGUCAGAGCAUGGGCCCAAGGAUCUCGUGCCGGGAGCGUGGCCACUAGACGAGGUCUACGCUACCUACGCCCCAGACGCCGAUAGACAUCUUCUGAUCCCUCACGUCGGCGGACGUCGCUGUAACCUCGCCUGGCAUCAUCCUCGACUCGAACGGCUCGUCGAAAUCGGUAGUGCCUGGGGUCAGUUCGAGUGGCUUCUUCAAGACGCCGUUCAGCGCGGCUGGAAGCUCGGUGUAUGUGCGAACUCGGAUGAGCAUCGCGGACGCUGCGGCGGAGGCGUCUCCGGCACUGCGGUCUUCGGCACUCGAGGAGGCCUCACGGGUAUCCUUGCGUCUCGACUUGAUCGAGCCACAGUGGCCAGCUCGUUGCGGUCACGACGUACCUUCGCCACUACAGGUCAGCGCCUCGUCGGUCUGGUAUCCACUCGCACGAAAAACGACGGUGUUGCGAUACAGGGCGACGAGAUCGAUGUUUCGCCCACCGAAGACCUGGAGCUGGAAUACCAAUUCCUCGGCGAACGGGGGUUUUCGUCCAUCGAAGCCUUCGAUGCAUCGGGCCUGCUCUGGCGCCGACACUUCUGGUCCGAAACCGACGAGCAACCAGCAGUGCCAGCAAAGAAGAUUCUGAGGAUCACAUGGGGCGGAGCGCGGUUAUACGACCGCUAUCGCGAAGCAAUCUGGGACGGGCGAAUCACACUCUCCCAAGACGCUGUCGUGGAACGCAUACAACCCUUUGGGGGAUUAGAAGAUAACCCAGAAGACGUUGUCCAGGUCACCGGAUCCCAGUCUGUUGAGUUCACGAGCAAGACCAGCGGCGAUAUCGACGGCGUGAACGUUUACCUCCAGAGCGACAAAACUCCCUCGACAGUUUCCAUCCGCGGCUCGCUCGGUGGAUAUGUCAAAGUAGGAGACGCGCUGGCUGGAAACCCGCACAAGCCUCAGCCAAAUUUCGAAUUGGACGCAACGUGGAAGGAAUUGACUGCGCCGGAUGGCAAAUCUAUCGAGAUUCGCGGCGGCGCGGGGCUUUUCGUUCGCGUCGAAGCUGUACCGGACAUUCAGCUGCCUCGGCGGGUGAAAGGAACAUUUUCGCUCUCUGCUGAACCGGGGAAGGCUCGUUCGGUCUAUUUCGUUGGCAGGGAAUGGAGUGGUGCAAAGGUUGUUACGAGUCCGUUGUUCAUCAAUUAUGUGUAG